AUGAUUUCCAAGUCAAUUUUAACAGAUCUUACGAAUUGUACAAUUACGAAUCGAUUGAAAAAUGAAAACAAUGUUAAUAGUAAAGAUUCGAAUGGAAUAAAAUCGUUUUUAUUCAAUACAACAACAACACAAGAACAUGAUCCUAGUUCUGAAUCGGAUGAAGUUCUUGGUGAUGAUGCUCAUUACAUCAAUAACAAUAACAAGAAAUUGAAAGUUGCAAAAAAUAAAGCUGUUUCAAUAUCAACUAAUAAUGAUUUAACUACCACAACAGAUGAAACAACAUUGGUACAAUCAUCACAAGUAUGGCAAUAUGCCAUACGUUGUCCAAAUUCAAAUUUUUCAAUUUGUUGUUUAUGUCCAGAUAAUAAAAAAAUUUCAACAAACAAUGGGUCGACAUCGACUUUACGUAAGCAUUUGAUUGCAAAACAUCAAUUACAUGAAUUAGCAUUACCAAACAAUAAACGUAAAAGAAUUGCUCCAUCAAUCAGCAACAAUAAACAACAAUAUUUACAUGACUUAUUUACCAAAUGUAUAAUACGUGAUGGAAGGACGUUUAAUGACCUCCAGAAACCCGGGUUGAAAAAAAUUUUACAAGAACUCAUUCCUGGUUAUGAGCCUCCGACUCGAUAUUCAGUGGUUCGUCAUUUACAACAUCUUCAUAAGUUUUAUUUUAAGAAAUUAAUUGAUGAUUUAACAUUGAUUGAUGAUAUUUCAAUAACUCUAGAUCUGUGGAGCAACAAACAAAUGCGGUCAUUCUUGGUAAUCACAGGUCAUUAUUUUCUUAAGAAUGGUUUUGAUUUACAAUCUACAGUUUUAAAUUUUUCAACAUUUAAUGUUCAUCAUCAAUCUGUUGAUAUUCUUCGAGUAUUACAAGAGAAAUUACAAGAACUUGAUGCAUUACACAAGGUGGUACGAGUGACUUCCGAUGGUGGUCGAAAUGUAGUACGUGCCAUUCGUGAUCUGAACUUGAAUUCAGAGCGUAUAUGGUGUGUUGCACAUCGACUUCAUCUUUCUAUUACAAAUGCAUUUGGAUUUUGGAUCCUAAAGAAAGAAGAUGAUGGAAAUGGUUCAAUAGCUUUGGGACAAGAUAAUUUGAAUAAUGAACUGAAUAAUCCAGAAAAAGUGGUGACAAAUAUUGAACAAUUGGACAAUAAUGAUGAUAUUGAUGAACCCGAUGAAUUAGAUCAAAUAAAUAUGGAUGUUACUGGUGAUGAAUCAGAUGAUGAUGAAUCAUCGGAAACAUAUGAUUCGAACGACGAAGAAGAAUCAUUAUUUGAUAACCGCAAUGAAGAAUUUGUGGAUGCUUGGACAACAGAUGUUAUUCAAUCAGAUUUUAGUAUUGUGUAUGAACAGAAUAUGAUUACAUUUGUAGUGAAAAAAUGUCGUGGCUUAAUAUCGAUGAUUAAACGAUCAACAAUUAUUACAUUAUAUUUUGAUACUGAACGAAAAAAGUCAAAAAUAAAACGAAAUUUAUGUAGUGAUGUUAAGUCACGUUGGAACAGUACAUAUUACAUGAUUGAUUCGUUUUUAGUUCUUCGUGAACUUAUUCAAAAAUUAUUUCGUUACAAGCAUCAAUUAAAGAUCAAACCAAAACAAGUUAAAAAAUUAGCUGACUAUGAAUUAACAAGUGAUGACUGGAAUGUAUUGUUAGUAUUGCACUCGAUUCUUAAGCCGUUUUAUCACGCCACCAAGGUAAUGUCCGGUCGUCGAUAUCCAUCGAUUGGAUUGGCUUUUUAUUUACUUACACGUCUGAAGAACUUCUUACAACAUCACGACAAAAAAGAAAGUUUAAUCGAGAAACGAUUAAAACAAUUAUUAUUGAAACAAUUUUUGCAUUACUUUGAAAGUGAUAGUGAACAACUGGAAUUAUUAAAAUUGCAUUCGUAUUUCGAUCCUGCAGGAUUUUCAGCACUCACUGACAAUGAAAAACGUUCAGUUGAACAGAACAUCAAAAAAAUGGUUACUGAUGAAACAUAUCAUUCGUCAAUAUCUGUAACAGAUACAUUAUCAAUUUGUACGACAACAAUCAAUUUACCAAACAAAUCAAAUUCAACUGGAAAUUUAAAUAAAAGUGCCAUGGAUAUGUUUAAUGAAUCGAUUGGUGAUGUUCAUUAUGAAGAAAGUCGACUUGGUGAAAAUAAAAGAGCAACUAUUAUUCACGAAUUUCAUAAUUAUCGAAAAUAUGCAGCUGAAUUCAAUUUAAAGCAUAAACCAGAUGCAACAUCAGCAAUAAUUUUCUGGAGAACACAUGGAGACACGUUUUCAAUUUUAAAAGAACUUGCUAAAAAAAUGUUAAGUACACCUGCAACUUCAGUACCAAGCGAAAGUUGUUUCAGUAUUUCAUCAUUUUUAGGUAGGAAAGAACGUGCUCGUUUAACGGGUGAGAAUCUUUCGUCAAGUGUCUUUCUGAAAGACAAAAUAGAUUUUUGA